UUGCCGAGUGCGAGAGAGGGGGUCGCCUCGCCGCGCCGUUUCCGGAGAUUGCCGAGGGGCUUCGGCCUUUUCCCUCCCUUCUCGGCGGCUGCCACUGUCUUCUCCUCGAUCUUUUUCGGCGUUGGCGGGCGGGCCCGAGUCAGUGUCGGCGCCUCCUCUCGCCGGGCUUGGGCCGUUCGCUGCCCCUCGGCCCAGAGCGCGUUCCCCCUCACUGUGUGGCCAGGAGUCUGGGCUCGGCCGGGCCUCAGCGCUUGUGGGGUUGUCGCGGCCGGCGAGUCGAGAGCGUGAGGCGAGGCGGACGGCUGCGGCUCCCCCUCGGGGAAGCGGGGCGGCCGGGGGUCCGGCUCGGAUGGCGGAGGGCGUCCAGCAGCAGCAGCAGCAGCUCUUGCCUGGCGGCGGACCAGCCCCUCGAGGGCUCAAGCGGGAGCCCGAGCUGGAGCAGCCCAUGCCCGGCGGCGACGGAGCCGAGAGCGGCCAGAGCAAGAGGCUGCGGACCGAGGCGGAGGCGGACGGAGGCGGCGGCAUGCAGAAUGAGCCUCUGACCUCCAGUUAUCAUGGGUACCCACCAAGAGACAGUCAGGGUAACCAGGAGCCGACAGCUACUCCUGACACAAUGGUCCAGCCAUUCACCACAAUCCCAUUCCCACCUCCCCCACAGAAUGGGAUCCCCACAGAGUAUGGGGUACCCCACACUCAGGACUAUGCAGGCCAGACCAGUGAGCACAAUCUGACAAUCUAUGGCAGUACACAGGCACAUGGAGAGCAGAACACGAAUUCAGCCACCACACAGAAUGGAUCUCUUACGCAGACAGAAGGAGGGGCACAGACGGAUGGCCAGCAGUCACAGACACAAAGCAGUGAGAAUGCUGAGAGCAAGUCUACUCCAAAGCGGCUGCAUGUGUCCAAUAUUCCCUUCCGCUUUCGGGAUCCUGACCUUCGGCAGAUGUUUGGGCAAUUUGGCAAAAUCCUUGAUGUAGAGAUAAUCUUUAAUGAACGUGGCUCCAAGGGAUUCGGGUUCGUAACUUUCGAGAAUAGUGCUGAUGCAGACAGGGCCAGGGAGAAAUUACACGGCACCGUGGUAGAGGGCCGUAAAAUCGAGGUUAAUAAUGCUACAGCACGAGUGAUGACUAAUAAGAAGAUGGUUACUCCAUAUGCAAAUGGAUGGAAGCUGAGCCCCGUGGUUGGAGCAGUGUAUGGCCCUGAAUUAUAUGCAGCAUCCAGUUUUCAAGCAGAUGUCUCGCUGGGCAAUGACGCUGCAGUGCCCCUGUCAGGAAGGGGGGGUAUUAACACUUACAUUCCUUUAAUCAUUCCUGGCUUCCCUUACCCAACUGCAGCCACCACAGCCGCCGCUUUCAGGGGAGCCCAUCUGAGGGGUCGAGGACGAACAGUGUAUGGUGCAGUGCGGGCAGUACCUCCAGCAGCCAUCCCAGCCUACCCAGGAAUAGUCUUACAGGAACCAAUCAUUAGCGCUAAAAUACCUCAGGGCGGAUAUGCAGCCUACAGAUAUGCACAGCCUGCUACCGCAACAGCAGCCACUGCUGCUGCAGCCGCUGCAGCGGCUUACAGUGAUGGCUAUGGCAGGGUGUACACAGCAGACCCGUACCACGCCCUUGCCCCUGCCGCUAGCUAUGGAGUUGGUGCUGUGGCAAGUUUAUAUCGAGGCGGCUACAGCCGAUUCGCCCCCUACUGAAGUGACAUGAACCCCCUGCAAGUGGGACAGCCCCCCCCAGUUCAUGAGGCCUGGCUAUUGCAAUAUUUACUAGUAGAGGAACUCUAUAGCAAGAAGAGGAGGAAAACAAAAGAAAAAAAAAGAGAAAUACUUUUUUAUACCUCACUAUGUUCUUUGAAUAUGUAUUUUUCCUUUAAAUUUCUGCCUUUAAUUCUUUUGUUCCAAAGAUUGUGCAUUUUUGGGGGUUUUGGUUGUUGUUGUUUUUUUAAACUGUGGUAAACAUAAUGCAUUUCCAUGUCUGUAUAUGCAUAGCUUAUCCUACCAAUCACAAAAAAGAGAAAUAGUGCUAAGGAGCACCAUUAGGAACCGAUAUCAUGGAACUAAAUCAGGAACAUGCAGACGUUUCCUUUACCUGGGUCUGGUGCCUGAGGCCCGUGUUGAAUGAGGAAGAGCCUCUCUACCUGCGGAGGGCAAUGCUGAUGGGCUGCAGCUGGAACCUGCACACUGGUUGGAAAUGCCACCCCCCCCCCCCCUUAUUUUCAUCUGGCUUACGUGGGCUUGGAGAAGUUCCAGAAGAUUUUACAGAUUUUUGAGACGAAACUCCCCUAAGCUGCUGAAAGACUUCGUCUGUUGAACAGUUUUAGGGGGAAAGACUUGAAAUAAAUUUGCGAUCCUGUUGCUUCUAUAGAUACACCUAAUUUUAGUGAUUGGUGUCCACUACCGAAGCUCUAGUUCUUAGUUUCUUUCACUUGCUAUGGUCUUCCUCUCUUCCCAACUUUCCCGCUCUUUUUCCGGAGGAGCGACAGAUGUGGGACUGUGAUCGCAGAACUUAAAGCCAUGGUCUGUCUUCAGUAACAAGGAACGUGAUGGCAAAGUGCAAACAGCCUUAAGUUUAGAUGGUUGGAGGCUGAAAAAGCUUGCACCAGUACCACUUUGAGCUACCCAGUAUCCAGGAUCCCUCUUCUCCCCCCCCCCCCCAACCCAAGACACUUAGAUUUGCUGCAAGUAUGCCAUCCAAAAAUUGCAUGAAGAGAAAGAGAUACAUCAUCAUGGAUCAUGGUCCCAGAAGCAGGGGUGGGGGGAUUUUUUGUGUCAUAAUGCUAUUCUGGAAGUAGUCAUUGUAUAGUUUCAUCAUUGGGGCAGGCAGAAACAGAUUUCAAAUGAAGUUUGAAAACACAGGAAACUCCUGCUUUGGCAUUUGUGCAGUCACUUUGCAAGUUCCGAUAGGUCAUUUUGCCUAUUCUGGAGAGAAAUCUGCAUCCAAGCUUGGUUUGGGUACAUGCUACAGAAUGCAAAUGGAGACACUCUUCAGGAAGACACUUUACAUUUUCUUAUGAAAGAAUGGCCUUUAUUUUUAUGCAGCAGACAUUUUUACAGGUUGCUCUAGAAGAGUGAGGACAAACCAAGUCACUGCUUUCAAUUGUCUGGCAUGAAUUUUGGAAACCAGAGGGGAAGAAGAGAUCCCACUUUACCCUCUUGGCCAUCAUGGUUUUCUUGGCACCUAUAGUUGCGUAUUCUCUGUGGCUUUAUCUUAAAAACCCUAAAUAUUAGAGAAGCACAAUUCCCUUUGAAUUGGUACUGGGUGACUUCUCACUCUUGGAAGGGCAGGUAGGGGGUGGACUUCUGGCUGAAGCCUUUUCAACUCCUCUCGCCAUACACCCGCCAGUGAUGUAAGCAUAGGAAAAGAGACGUCCUGAAGUUCUUCAGGCUAUUGAGGGGAACUGGCCCGUUUGUUCUCAACUUGCGCCUUUGCUCCCACUUCCAUGCAUGCACUCAUAGUGCUUGCCAGAGAGAGGAUACCUGAAGCAAGAAGGGCCAGGAAGAAGGGGGGAAUCUUAAUGAAGCUAGAAACUCUAACAAUAUUGAUUCUCUGGAACAAGGUGACACCAAACUGCCAGCCUGUUGGCCACUUUUAUUUUUAUUGUUUUUCAAGCCAAAGUUUGGUUUGUUGCUGUUAUGACAAUUUCUGUUUUUGUAUAUAAAUAUUUUAGUUAGGUUAAAAAUGGGGAGAGGGAAGUGGGACACCGGUCUUUCACAAAAUUGAGGAAAUGAGGAGGAACGUGGGAUUUUUCUGACUUCUAGAAAUCGCUUAUUGUCAUGCUCACUAAUAGCCUGUUCCCAUCACAAGGCGGAGGAGGGUUAGAGAAGGACUCCUGCCUGGGGAAUGAGACGCAGCAAAAACCUGUGGAUUGAAUAAUCAGUUGCAUGAGCUGAGGAGCAUUUUGCUAGCACUGCUGAGUGAGAGAGAGGGAGAAUCUGUUUGCAGAACUCCAGUGCAGACCUUGUGUCAACUGACUCUGUUACAUCUGAAAAUUUGAGAACUCUGGAUUCCCUUGGAUUUUCUGUGCUCUGUAAUUCCUGUAUUAAGGAAGAGAAGGUGCCACUCAGAACUGGAUAUAAAAGACCAAGCAGAAUCUGUAACAAAUCCCAUUAUAAACAGCUUGAGAAUCAGUCAUCUAAGGUGUGAUGCCAAUACUACUGGUUGAUUGUCACCAAGAUGGUUCUGUUAAAAUGGAAGAACAGGACUUCCCUUCUUUUGUGAAACACAGAUCGAUGGUGGAAGGAAGAACACUAUUGCUAAUGAGAUAUUCUUGGGUCUCAGCAUCUUUAAAGCCUACAAAUACCAGUGCAUUAGUUUUGUUGUGUUGCAGCUUUCUAGUAAAAUCUUACACUGUUCUUGAUUUCUAGAACAGCCAUAGCAUCUUAUUAGGUGGAUAUAUUUGGGGCUUUCUGAGUCCUCCUACAUCUCCUUCUCUUUAUAGAUGCCCAAUAAAUUGGGGGUCUGGGGGUGGGAAUUCAGAGCUCCACUAUGGAAACCAAAUUUCAAAAAUGUAUUUGCUGUGUCUCACUCCUAAAGGGAAGUUUGCAGGCAUCCUGGGAAACAGAACGCGUCUCCAGCAUGACAGCACUUGAGGGAUCCUUAGCGCUGGGGCUAGGGGAUAUUUGAAGAGCGCGUUUGCCUGUUUGCACUGGUUUUAAAAUAGGAAAAUGAAAAAUCCUAGUGAACAAAGCAAAGAGCCAGUGUGAAGUUCUCUCUGUGUGUGUGUUUGUGUGUUUUUAAUUUUGUCAUGCUCUUGGAAAUGUCAAACGUUGUAGUAUACACCAGUGUGACUUGAUUCUUUGUUGCAUAAAACACUAUUUUGGUGAUGUUACUGUCUGAACAACCCGUCCCUUCUUGCCCUGCUCCCUGUCCUCUCUCCUAUUCUGAAGUUCCUUUUAUUUUGUAAUGAAACAAAACCCUCCCCUCCGUGAGGCAAGCUGUCUUCUGGUAGUCCAAGUGAAAGUGGUCUUUUCCCAAGUACUUUCCCAGUGUUCUUUCCCCUAGUCUGGCUGAUCCCAAGAUACAGUGCGGUAUCGCUUCUGCUCCUUCCCUGUCGAAUGAAGUACAGGAAGAUAUCCAUUUUUAGAAUAUGCUGCCAUAACUAACAGUGGGGAACAACACACCAGGAGUGUCUGUGGCAGCAUAAUCUGGUUGACACUUCUAAAUUGCAGUCAGACGGGGAUUACUUGGGAGGAUUUAUAGAUAAAUUAAUCGCAAGGACUUCCAGAUGAAGAGGUAAAAAACCCCUUCCUCAUUAGCAGAAAAAAUCUGUCCUGCCAGUUCCUCCCCUCCUCAAGCCGUCCACUGGAGUAUUCAUUUGGCUAGCAGUCUUGCAUCAUCAUACUGCUUAUUUAACGGUUGACUUAGAAAGGCAAAUUGGAAACCUCUUGUUCAGUUUUCUCUCUUUUAGGGGUGAAACAUUGAAAUGCAUUUGUUGCUGCUUUGACAAAUAACUGUCAAGGAAUCUAGCUUAUAUAUAUAUAUAUAUAUAUAUAUAUAUAUAUAU